AUGGAACCCUCAGAGAACCUACAACUCAAAAUCCAAAAGACUACGUCACCGACAGUAUAUUGGCAAAUAUCCGGACUGAAGACCGCCAAAAAGAAGGACGGCAUCGCGCACGUGAUCCCGGAGCAACAGUCAAAUCAUGAAAUCGCCAGCUUUACGAUGCGCUACCCCGGAGCCAACUCCAAAAUUAAACCGUCUGGGCGUUCGAGAGGUCGUAAAAGUCCCAGGUGCAUAUUCAGGAGUUCUACGCGGAAGGCAGGGGGCAGGCGCCCAGAAUGCAACAUCGUCGACAUGACAAGAAAAACGACGGGACAUUACUCCUGGGAAAUGGACUUCAGAUUGAGCAAAGAUAAAUCUGGGCCUCUUGGGUGUCUUGUCAAGGCUCUACGAUGCAUCCGAAGUAAAAGAGACACCGGAACUGAAUACUUUUAUUGGCUUCGGGCCAAGUCUGACCCAGACGAAUGGAAACUGCUACCUGCGGAGUGUAUUGGCAAGAUUUUUGGAGGGUACCGCUUUUACGAAAAGCACAUAGGUGCAGAGUUUCGUGACUCUACCAUGACUGUCGAUGGGGAUCUCGGAAAAGACAAGGACUUUGUUCGUCGGGCGUGCUUGACUCUGGUGGCGGCGCUGUGGAUUGAGGAGCAAUCAAGUGACUCGACGGGGACGGAGACGGAGUAG